AUGAAGACAAAGGAUUCCCAAGAUGUGAUCCUGGGCGCUCAAGCUCGCCUAUGGAGCUGCUCCUUCAACCAAAUGAUCUCCAUGUGCUUGAAGUGCGCCAUCCACCUCCGCAUCCCCGACGCCAUCCACAAGCACGGCGGCGCCGCCGCCGUCCCACUCACCGCCCUCCUCUCCACCCUCCAAAUCCCACCUUCCAAGACCGAACCCUUCCGCUGCAUCAUGCGCAUCCUCGCCCACAACGCCGCCCUCUUCAACCCCGAACCCAAACCAUCCCCCGACGCCGCCGACGACGAAUGGUACUCGCUGAACGCGUCGUCGCGACUGCUGCUGAGCCCCGGCGGCGGGGAAGACGACGACGACAAAGCCGCCGUGGAGGUGAGGCACACGUCGAGCGUGCUCUUCCUCUUCCACCCGCUGAUGCAGGAACCGUGGUCGUUUCUCGACACGUGGCUCCGGGAGGACGGCAGCCGCACCCCAUGGGAGAUCGCGCACGGGACGGCGUCGUUCUGGGGAUACCUCGAGACCCGGGACCCUUCCGGCGAGCUGAUGGCCACCUUCUACGACUGCAUGACCAACGACUCCAAGCUGGUCGGGGAGGUCCUGGUGUCGAGGUGCAGGGACAUGUUCGACGGCGUGGCGUCGCUGGUGGACGUGGGCGGCGGCGCCGGGACCAUGGCGGCGGCCGUCGCCAAAGCGUUUCCCGAGAUCAAGUGCACCGUUCUGGAUCGUCCUCAUGUGGUCAAGGGUCUCCAGGGAGAAGGGAAUCUGGAAUUUGUCGGCGGGGACAUGUUCCUCAGCGUACCGCAAGCUGACGCUGUUUUACUUAAGUGGAUCCUGCAUGAUUGGGACGAGGAGAAUUGCAUAAAGGUACUCAAAGUUUGUAAAGAAGCAAUCGCGUCGCCAAAGGGGAAGCUGAUCAUCAUAGAUAUGGUGGUUGACGAGAAGAGGCUGGGAGAGAGGAAUUUCGGUGAAGUUCAGCUCUGCUUCGACUUGUUCAUGAUGGCUAUGGUCAACGGCAAAGAACGAACAGAGAAAGAGUGGAAACGGCUCUUCUCGGCCGCCGGUUUCUCCAACUACAAGAUCUCAACCGUUAUGGGUCUAAGAUCAGUCAUUGAAGUCUUCCCUUGA